CAUAUUAAAAGAACCGGUAUUAAUAUCAAUAUCUGUAUAUAUCCCUUUUUUCUUCUCCAGCCACCGUUAUUUUUUAAGAACAGUGUUAUUAAUCGUGAACAUUAAGCGGGGACUUUCGACACACCUCGCUCGUCUGCCGGUGAGAUGGCAUCGACCGUGCCAAGAAUAUAGUGCAUUUCCACAUCAUCGCGGGACAGUCACACCAUAAGAUACCGUGUGACAAACAGGUUAUUGUGGUAUUUGUUCCGUGUGGAUGAACUGAGGUACUGUCUUUUUUUUUCUAAAUGUUUGGAAAGUAUACUGUAUUUAUUUAUUUAUUUUUGUUAGUGGAUAUUGUUUCUCCUGAGGAGUAUUUACAGUGAACGUCGGGGAAAUUUGAAUGGCUGUGACACUGUACCAAAGGUUUUGUUAAAUUUGUGCAAUUUGGACUGGGAAAUCAUUUUAUUAAUGUGUUCCUCAUGUCGGUCUUAAAAAGAAUUGGUUCUUGAAAAAAGUUACGUUUACAUUGCAUUUUAAAGAACAAACAUAAGGAAUUUUCGACGCUAAUGUAAGAAAGAAAAAGCUCUCUAAGUGUUCUGUCAAGGAUAAAUAAUGGAUAGCAACCCCUAUAUUCAUCCCAAAUAUGUGCCGAGUACAGCAGUAGGGAAUAUGUUUCUAAAAAGUGUGAACAAGAAAGUGUUUCUGGGCGUGGAUUAUGAACAGGCUUUGGGAGAUCUCAAGAUGAACUGUCCCCUUGUUCCUGCCCUUUAUAUAACACUCAGUCUCCUAACGAUGAGUGAGUGUGUACUGACGAUAUUUAUAUACAUUAUGGACCGACGUCUGAGGAAAAGGACACCAAGCCCUUUCGUGUACAGUCUGGCAGUUAGUAUUGCUUUGCUGUCGGCCAUUUCUUUCAUUUUCAACGUCAAGCUUCUUGUGUAUUCGUGUCGGAACAAACGAACCACGGAAUGGUGCGUCGCUCUGUCUAUUCUCCUGCGGUACCUGCACGUCGUCUCCUGCUUCUGCGUGACGUGUCUGGCGCUGUACCGAUACCUGUACCUGUGCUGGCCCCUCCGCUACCCGAUGCUGGUCACCAAGCGCCGCUGUUGCUACGUCACUCUCGCCUGCUGGACGCUGCCCUUCGCCCUGGUUGCGGUGCCGUCUGCGAUCGACGGUCAGGCUCCGUGCGCUGACAUGCGGGUGACAGUCUCCUUCUAUGCCACCUACAUCGCCCUGUACACCUCAGGGGCCCUCGCCACCUUCGUCGCGUACCUCCUGGUGGCGCUGGAGUUCAGGAGGAAGCGCCUCGCCUUGGCUCUCGGGGGCGACGCGGCGAGGGGCGACCGCCUAGUGAAAGUCCGAACCGAGAGAUCCGCGCUGUCAGUCCUCGCUCUCUACGCCGUCCUGUCCCUCCCUCACAUUAUAAUGUUGCUGGUGACGCGUAUGGGCAACGGUCGAGCAUCCGCAGUUAACCUAGACAGCGCCUCACUGCUAAACAGGCUCCACUUACUGCUGUUCCUUCCCUUCCUAUUAUGCUGGGCGAACAAACUCUUCCGCACGAUGCCCUUAUUGCUAGGGCCAGAAGGAUUGCACUCUUCGAAUAAAAAUCAGAGAUCAGGAGAUUAUACCCUUGCAUAA